AUGCCCGUCACACUCACCGACGUCGACAAAACCCGCAUCGCCUCCGAAACAGCCGAAUCCUUCACAGAAGCCUACUACAACGCCCUCUGCGCCUCCCGACACACCAUUUCAUCCUUCUACAGCCCUCCCUCUACAGAAACAAACACCACGCCCUACAUAAACUACAACGGCGAAGUCCUCGCAACCGGAAAUGACUUCCAGACCGAGUUCGACAAAAUGCCAUACACCUACUUCGAAGUGCAAUGCCUGAACGCACAGAUUUUGAAUCCGUGUGUGGAUCCGGACGCUACGGGAACGAGGAAGGAAGCGGAGCGAAAUGUCAGUGUUGUGGUGCAGGCUAGUGGGUAUGUGAGGCUGGUGGAGAGGAAGGAGGGUCCUAUGAGAGGGUUUGCGGACCAGAUGAUUCUGGUGCCGGGCAAGACGGGUGAUAAGGGGAAGGUUCUGGGGGAGGGGAGGCAGUGGGUUAUUCAGUCGCAGACUUUUCGGUUUGUGGUUUGA